AAAAUAUACAAGUUUGUAAAGGGAAGUCAUCCAUACUGCGUCGUCUGCAAAAUUAAAAAAAAAAAUGAAUUGGAUGGGAGGCGCUAGAAAUCGUAUAAGAUAUCAAGGUGAAAGGCGCAUUCAGCAGGAAUUCUUUGAAAGACAAAAGUUGGCAGCUGCUCAAUCUUUCUCAAGUAAAACAUCAUCAAAGAAAAGGAAAGGUCUUAGUCAAGAUUUAGUUGCACUCCAUACUGUGAGCAGAGUUCAUUCAGGAAUUCCUAAGAUUGCAAAUAAGAGACGGCUUAUACAGAAGCUUGAUCUUGAGAAGUUCCGUUCCUGUACACGCAAAAUAGAUGAGGUUGAUUUGGGACCUUGUUCACCAUCGGAAACACCAUCAAAACUUUUACUCAAUGAUGGGAAACUUGAUAAGGACUCUGGCAGUGUUAAGUUGACAGCAAAAGAUGUAAAGCCUUCCAGAGAACUUUUCCCCAGACCUUCACACUAUCAGAGAUGUUACAACAACAAUAAUAAUACCAGUACUGGGCAGGAAGAGCAAAGUUUGAUGAAAAGUACAGUCACACCUAUGUUCCAUGUUGAAAGUAAAGGAAUGCCAAAUGAAGUUUCCAACAAACUACCAAAUACAUUUGCUAAAAAUAAACCAUCAAAUGAGUUCAUGUUCUCUAAACCUAAACAAGAUUUAGAUGGAUUUACCACAAGAAGAACAAUGAAGGGUAUGUUAGAUCCAUAUGUGUCUGAAGAUUUUCAAGUCACACCUCUGAUAAAAUACACAAAGAAAAGGUCACCUUGUAAUACUCUAUUUGAAAAUUCAAAGAAAAGAAAAUGUUCGGAUCAACCGUUUCCAAAAACUGACAAACUUUAUGAUGAGCUUGAGAAUUAUAGAAGCAGCAGUUUUAAAAAGCCUUAUUUCUCUUCAACACCAAUUACAUCCCUUCAUCCAGCAGAGAGGGAUAAAAACAACUAUAAUGAACAAUUUGGUGGAAUAUCUCCAAUUAAUACUGGUGAAGUCUUUAAUAAAGAUGUAGAUAAUGGCUUUAGAUUUAAACCACGACCUAUGUAUUUGACUCCAGUGAAAAAUCAAAAUCAUAGAAUUGAAAACCUAGGAGUGUCACAAGGUGAAACUGUAAAGGAACCACAGCUUGAUUCUUCUUCUUGUGUAUACAAGCAAUCCCUGGAAAAGUCACACAGUUUACACAGUCAAUCAAACUAUCAAUGUGAUAGAUAUCAAUUAAAGUCUAAAGAAGUUGGUAAAUAUUGUAAAGACUUCAAUAACUCAGAGGUGAUUUGUGAGGACAUAACACAGAAUAAAUGCACACCAUUUGAAUCCGAAUGCAUACCAAGAAGUCAUUUACAAGGAACACAAAAAGUACCUGGGUCUUUAGGAAAGUACAGGAAUAUUUUCAGACACAAGAAUGAACUGGAAAGUCCUUUUCUGUUUGGGAAAACUGUCUUUCUUAAGGAACAAGGCCUAACUAAAGAUGCAGUUGAAGAGGGUAAUAUAAAAUAUGAAACUGGAAUGUCAAAACCAAAGUUUACUGACUUUGACGAAGAAUUUCAUUACAAGCCUUUGAAGUGUAUGAAAAGUGACUCAGUGAAAACAGCACCGGAGACGAUGGGUAUGUACAAGAAAUUUAAAGAUAUUAAAAGGCUAGAAGAUCAUGGGAAUGUACAGGAUGACAGUGUACAGAUUACCAAGACAACAGUUAAUAGGGACAUUGCAGGUGGCGCAUUACAGAAUAUAAAAAGUCCUCUGCCAGGAGAUGAGUUUCCUAAGUAUUUGCUUUCUCCCUCUGAACAGAUUCAAGAUGAAAUUGACAGACAGUUGACAAAGAUAAUAGUCGAGGAGAACAAGAAAGCUUUAAAUCAAAACAGUUCACAAAACACAAGGUAAGUAAUGUAAUAUUGAACCUGAAAAAUGAAGUUUCAGAAAGAAAAUAGAAGUCUUCAAAUUU